CCCCCCACCACCACCAUCACGACGAGCAGCGGCGGCGUUUCCCGGGGUCGGAGAAGCGGACUCGCUUCCCCAUUCUAUCCGUCCGCUCGCGGGCCACGCCGUGAGGAGGGAAAGGCGGCAAAGUCGGGGAGAGGAUUGUCCUCAGGGGGCUGUGCGUGCGCGCCCGCCCGUGACUGUCGAGCAAAACGCUAGGGCAGCGGGAGAACGAGCGCGACGGCCGACCCUAGCUCACCCCCGCGUCCUCCCCGCGAAGGCGUCAUGUAUCAAGAGCCCGAAGCAGCCCCGGCGAUGCCACCCACAACGCCACCGGUGUUCCAGGCCCCCCUGAGGCCGGGCUUUGGCACUGUGGGCAAGCCCAUCCAACUCAGGGCCAACUACUUCGAGGUGGACAUCCCAAAGAUGGACCUGCUCCACUACGACAUCGAUAUCAAGCCUGAGAAGUGUCCACGCAGGGUCAACCGGGAGGUGGUGGAGCACAUGGUGCAGCACUUCAAACACAAGAUAUUCGGCGAUCGGAAGCCGGUGUUUGAUGGAAGGAAGAACCUCUACACGGUCACGCCCUUGCCAAUUGGAAGAGACCGGGUGGAGCUGGAGGUAACGUUGCCUGGGGAGGGCAAAGAGCGCGUCUUCAAGGUGACCAUCAAAUGGAUGGCCAACGUGAGCCUGCAGCUGCUGCAUGAGGCUCUGAGUGGCCGUCUUGCACAGAUCCCAUACGAGUCCAUCCAGGGCCUGGACGUGGUCAUGAGGCAUCUUCCUUCCAUGCGGUACACGCCCGUGGGCCGCUCAUUCUUCACACCUCCGGAGGGCUACAGUCAGCCCCUGGGUGGUGGACGCGAGGUCUGGUUCGGCUUCCACCAAUCUGUGCGGCCCUGCAUGUGGAAGAUGAUGCUCAACAUCGACGUGUCGGCCACGGCGUUCUACAAGGCACAGCCGGUGAUCGAGUUCAUGUGCGAGGUGCUGGACCUACGCACUGUGGAGGAGCAGCCACGGCCGCUCAGCGAUUCGCAGCGUGUCAAGUUCACCAAGGAAAUUAAAGGGCUGAAAGUCGAGAUAACCCACUGUGGACAGAUGAAGAGGAAAUACCGCGUGUGCAACGUUACCCGAAGGCCUGCCGCGCAACAGACGUUCCCUCUGCAGCUGGAGAGCGGGCAGACGGUAGAGUGCACGGUAGCACAGUACUUCAGGGACAAGUACAAGCUUCACCUGAAGUACGCGCACCUACCCUGCCUCCAGGUGGGGCAGGAAGAGAAGCACACCUACCUGCCGCUUGAGGUUUGCAAUAUUGUGGCUGGACAGCGCUGUAUAAAGAAACUUACAGACAACCAGACAUCCACAAUGAUCAAAGCCACAGCACGCUCAGCUCCGGACCGGCAGGAAGAAAUCAGUCGUUUGAUGAAGAGUGCGAGCUUCAACUCGGACCCGUACGUGCGCGAGUUUGGAAUCAUGGUGAAGGACGAUAUGGCGGACGUGCAAGGCAGAGUGCUGAACCCGCCCAUGCUGCAGUACGGCGGCAGGGUGAGUACCAGCUCCGCACACGCCCAGACUCGGGCGGUGGCGACGCCCAACCAGGGAGUCUGGGACAUGCGGGGGAAGCAGUUCUUCACGGGAAUUGAAAUAAAAGUUUGGGCAAUCGCUUGCUUCGCACCACAGAGGCAGUGUCGGGAGGAAGUCUUGAAGAACUUCACGGACCAGUUGAGAAAGAUCUCGAAGGACGCAGGCAUGCCCAUCCAGGGUCAGCCAUGCUUCUGCAAGUAUGCACAAGGAGCUGAGAAUGUGGAGCCCAUGUUUCGGCACCUCAAGAAUGCCUACAUGGGCCUGCAGCUCAUUGUGGUCAUCCUGCCUGGCAAGACCCCCGUCUACGCGGAGGUGAAGCGAGUCGGCGACACGCUGCUGGGGAUGGCGACGCAGUGCGUGCAGGUGAAGAACGUCCUCAAGACCUCGCCUCAAACCCUCUCAAACCUUUGCCUCAAGAUCAACGUCAAGCUUGGGGGGGUCAACAACAUCUUGGUGCCUCACAUACGGCCUGCGGUGUUUCAGCAGCCUGUGAUCUUCCUGGGUGCCGAUGUGACACACCCUCCAGCGGGAGACGGAAAGAAGCCUUCGAUAGCAGCGGUGGUGGGUAGCAUGGAUGCCCACCCGAGCCGCUACUGCGCCACGGUGCGCGUGCAGCAACACCGGCAGGAGAUCAUCCACGAUCUCUCGUCCAUGGUGCGCGAGCUGCUCAUCCAGUUCUACAAGUCGACGCGCUUCAAGCCCACGCGCAUCAUCUUCUACCGGGACGGCGUCUCCGAGGGCCAGUUCCAGCAGGUUCUAUACCACGAGCUGCUCGCCAUCCGUGAGGCGUGCAUCAGGCUAGAGAAGGAGUAUCGGCCAGGAAUCACCUUCAUCGUUGUACAGAAACGCCACCACACUCGCCUCUUCUGCGCCGACCGCAAUGAGAGGAUCGGGAAGAGUGGCAACAUCCCCGCGGGCACAACAGUCGACACGAAGAUCACGCACCCAACGGAGUUCGACUUCUACCUCUGCAGCCACGCGGGCAUCCAGGGCACAAGUCGGCCAUCGCACUACCACGUGCUCUGGGACGACAAUCACUUCUCGGCGGACGAGCUGCAGGUGCUCACCUACCAGCUGUGCCACACGUACGUGCGAUGCACGCGAUCCGUGUCCAUCCCCGCGCCCGCCUACUACGCCCACCUGGUUGCCUUCCGAGCGCGGUACCACCUGGUCGACAAGGAGUAUGACAGCAGUGCGGAGGGCAGCCACGCCUCGGGUCAGGGCAACGGACGCGACCCCCAGGCACUGGCCAAGGCGGUUCAGGUCCACCAGGACACGCUGCGCACCAUGUACUUCGCCUGAGUUCGCCGGACAGAUGCACGGCCGGCCGGACAGACAGAUUGACGGCCCCAGCGCAGGCAGGGAGGAGAGAGAAGGGGAAGAGAACUCCCAUCCCAUUGCCUUUUGCUGCAAUUGCUGCCCACCGGAAAGAAGGUUUAGGGGGGCCAGGGUGUGUGAUAUUACCUCCUGUUGGCUUUAAGAAUAAAAUCUUUACGGUAAACCAUAAAGAAAAUAAUGGUAAUAAGAAACACACACACACAUCCGUUACCUUAAUCCAUUGCCUUGAGCUGCGGUCGAAUGAACAGGGAUUGGGUUGCUGGCACGGGGAGGGGAGGGCAGCGCAAGCUGAGAUUCGGUGUUUGGCUCUGGGGCGGUGAUGAGUGGAGUCCUCUGCUCGCACCUGACCUCCUUUACCUGCAGAAUGGAAGAUGGGGGUACCUCAUCUCCCAUUGUCCCACUUCCACAAAGCAAGCCAUAGGCAGGGGGAGGGGGCCAGGUGACAACCACACGGCACCACCUGCCCCUACGCGAUUUAGGCUUUUGACAGAGCCUAGAGCAUUGUAUUUAAUGAACUUAACGAGCCAAAUGCCCCCCCCCCCUCCCCUUUUAACCUACACUCUGGCCAGACUAUUCCCCAUUCGAACACUGUGUAUGGUAGAACAUAAUUUUAAUAUAUAUAUUUUAUUUUUUAUCUUAUUUUAAGAAAAAAUACACAAUGCAACUUGAACGAGAGUGGCACACGCUCCGGUGCCCUUAGCUUGCGAGUAGCAUCAAUAUUGAGCGCAUGGAGAAAAUAAAUCGUUUUGAAAGGGGGAAUGUGCUCCGUUACAAAUGAGGUUGUUUUACCACUUAAAGCCUCCGCCCCACCCCCUCGCUUCCCUAAACCGCCGCACGGGCAGGGUACUGUGAUUCAUCAGGGUCUUCACCGGCUUGGCUUUUUUGCUGUACAGAGGAAAAAAAAGAGUUGGAGAAAGAUGUAAAAAUGCAUUGUGCUUGUAACUUCUCAUUUUGCUACUCUUUGCCGCGGUGUGCAGUGGCCUUGCCAUGAACGCAUGCUCUUAGUUUACAGCCCGCUUCAGGUGGGGUUUGGCAUAAAGUUAAAUUUAAUGAAAUAUAAAACCGUUAACAAAAAUAUGACACUGUACAACGACGUGACACAUCCCGUGUUGCGUGAAAAAAAGAAAAAGCACACUUUUGCUUAAUUCUCCAAAACUUGCACUUGAUCUCGCUUUUAGCUAGUCAAUUUCAGAAUCUGGUGGUAAAAGAUGGGUCAUGUUUUUGUGUUUGUGGUUAUAGCUUAGGUACCAGUUAUUGUAAACCAUUGUGAAGUACAUGCAAGUGGUGUUUAUCGGGCAAGAAAAUGAGGCUAUUUCAAACGAGCGUGGCCGGUUAUCACCGUUCGUACUUUGACGGAUCUUGUUUACCCAUUGACCUUUCACUGGUCACGUGCCGAGUGCGCGUGCGGAGUGCGCGCAGGGCAAAAAUAACGAAGUGGGGGGGGGUGCAUUGAUGAAUUUGGAUGAGGCUGAAUUGGUACUGGAGGUAGAGUAGUUUUCACUUUGAGAUGCAAGUGAUGAUUAUGCUGGUGCUUGAGAGAGAAUUAAGGAUGUGCUUAUUGAAUGCACCGAGGUAUCGGUGAUGCAGAAUUGCUAGUUUGUAAAAGAAAGAAUUGAACGAGAAUAACAAAAAAAUAUUUCUAUAAUGAGUUGCAUGUUAAAGCUUAUUCCAUUUAGUGCAUAUGUCCAGCGUAUUGUCUUCUUAAUGACAGUUUCUAAGUCCUUUCUGAAUACUGAGCACCAAAUCAUUCCUUGAGCCUUGUUCCCACCAGCAGUAUAAUAAUGUUAACUAAAGAAAUCAUCAAAACCCAUACUGGAAAUCGAGUUCAUUUAGAAAUCUUCAAUUUCUGACAGCUGAAGGUGUUUGUACUGCACAGCAAUUACACCACAAGGUGAAUGGAACGCUCGGGAAGUUGCGCAACCGAGGAACUGUGGAGGGAGAGGCAAAUUGGGGGGGGGUGGGGGGUGUUUAGAGCUCAUGUUGAGCAUGGUGUUACAGCCCUGUACCUUAGAAAAACUUAGCAAUAUCUUGAAGGAGUUAACGGGUACUCUUCAUUGUUUUUGGCGCGUCGCAAUAAUUACGACUGAGGUGCACACACCGUAACUAGGAAGGAUUCAUGACGACAAGGUGGCAGAUGUACAGAGAUUGAGAGCUGGCAGCAGGAAAAAAAACGGAGAGUCCUGCAAAUUUACGAAAUUGGCUUAUGCGAUUUGAGCGUAAAUAUUCAUUUUACUUCUGUUGAAACGAAAAAAAACAAUGGUAUGUAUCAUGGACUUUUUUUUUGCCAUAUCUAACCGUGGAAGCAGGAGUUUUUUUUCAAUAAUCAACAGAUGAACAUUGACAAUGAUAUCCUUUUCUAUAUUGAAGUAAAUCUUGCGGCUUGUCCUGGUGCCCUUUCGAAUUUGGCAUCUUGCUCUGAUACAUCUACUUCCUUGUUUCCAUUUGUUAACCCUAUUAACUUUUUAUUUCAGGCUAUAUAUUAUUUUCUAUCAUUAAAUGCACUAACUAUCAAUAUUAUUGAACAACCAUAUAACCAGCCUUAAUUAAACUGCUUUCAAAAUGGUAAAGGAACAGUUUGUCCGUGUCCAUACCAUAAUGAAUUCACUCGAUUAUCCAAACGCUUCCUUACUGGCUUAGAGCGUUAAGGCUUCCACUCAAAUUGUAAAUGCAAUACAAGCAGCAGUGUUCUUUUUCAAGCGUUUGAUUGUUUGUACUGCCUACAAAGAGAUGAUUAGUUUACAAAAAUAAAAAUUGUUGGACGUCAAUAAAUCAUGCAUGAGGUCGUGGGUUCGAUCCUGACCCUGUGACACAUGUAUAUUUCGAGUUGGCAUGUCCUCCCCAUGGUCACAUGGAUUUUUCUCCAGGUCUUUUCGGCCAUUCCUUCCACAUUUAGAAACGUUUUUAGAGUAUUUGGCUGCUAUAGAUUUCCACGUGAUAAGCCAAUUUUUUGAGCUAUCAUUUGUGGCCUGGUCACUUUUGGAAAAUAACUAUCGCUCACAAUGGGCCUUGGUAAAAUAAAACAAAAUAAAAUUUUAGUUGACUGCAAGUUUGUCUUGAGAACAAGCAGACAUUACCACAGAUCCACGUGCGAGAACAUUUUAUCACACGGCAAUAUGGCAGGACAUUUUUGACAAACGAAGGUCUGCUGUGAUUAGCCUUGCUAGCAAAUCCAAUCCAUGGAGAUGCAGUCUUAUGGCGGAUUAGUUCCCUGUUGAUACAGUUGGGAAAACUCGGAUCUAAACGCAUUUGGAAAUCUUAAGAGUAAUUAUCCAGUCCAAAUACACAUACUCAUCGAGAGUCGUCUGCCUGGGGUGCUUCUGUUCAUCCAAAAUAAAUUAGAAGAUCAUGAAGUUCAAUCCGCGCUGUGAAUUUCCCCUCCUCUGGCUGGGAGAUUCCAGCGAGGGUGUGUGCUAGAGCGGCAUGCAGUAUUAAAGGGUCUUGCUUGGAACAAGGAACGCACGUACAAUCUACUUUGUGAGACCCAAACCAACCCACUGCUUUAUCGUGCACUACCAACUUAAAAAGUAGGCACCAAAAAAGGUGGUAGCAGUACCAUUGAAAAGAGUGUAAAUGUUUCCAUUUGUGUUAUUGCCGUAAUUUAUUUUUCCGUUUCCAAAAGACUACAGAUCAACCAAACUGCGAUACAUUUUUCAGCGACUUUCUCAAGUUUCAACUAUACUACAACUUUCAAUCACAAUAGCGAAUAUAAACAAGAAAAGUGGCGAAAUACAAUAUUUCUCGUGUCGAGCUACCUCAUUGAAUUACGUUUAUUUUGAAUCGUGCAUUGCGGAAUGCCAAGAAAGUAACAGAAGUGCUGUUUACAGGCAAGAAAACAAUUCUAUUUAUGAUUGUGAGCAAUUAUGCUAGCUGUCUCUUUGGUACAGGGCUGUACACUGGGUGACACUGCAAGUGGUGUUUGCAGUGUGCGUUAUCAUUUUAUAAAACGGGGCUCCAUACGAUGGCGAGGCAUGGGCAGAAGCGAAGGGUUUCUACGCGCAGCAUAUUGAGCGCGCAAAGUCUGUUCAUUUGCGGCACUCCAUUGAGAAUUGGGGGGGUGCGGUGAAAUCUGGUGCUGUGGUACGGGCAAGUUGAGGCUCAUUGUCUUGCUUCCUUGCACCCGUUCGGUAAGAACCUAUACUACUGAAGGUUUUGGAAAGGUGUGCAGGGCAGAUUUUGUUUAGAGCUCGUCGUAUAGUGUUUUCUAUACAUGCCUUAAACCUGGGUCAAAAGCAACUGAUUUUAAAAAAAAAAUGCCUCUCCGUGUGUGUCGAUGUAACACUAUGUACAGUCGGUGUGUGACGUACGCUUUUCUGUAAUGCUGCACUUUUGUACUUCUCAAAAUUGCAAACCUAUUUAUUUUUAAUUGUAUCUCGUGAGCCAAGCCGCGUGUGGCCCUGAUGUCAAGCCCUGAAUGCUGCACAAAAUACUGGCCAAGUGUAUCGCAUGAAUCUGUAGCGUAACGAGGUGUAUGUUUGGCUCGUGCGUGUGCGCGUGCGUGGAAAUGUCGUUCGUUUGCUCGCUGCCGUGCGCGCGUGUGGACCCGUUCCCAGUGGCUGUGGGGAGCACCGUCGGCUUUCCGGUCGGCAAGAGGAGCGCUCUCACAGUAAUGCAAGGCUGGACAAGCACACGGACGAGUUUGCGCUAUACUGGCGAACCUUUAUUGUGAGAGCAAAGUUUUUACGAAUGGGGGGGGGGGGGGGGGGGGU